UGCACUCAAUAAGUACCCCCUCACUUCCCUCCAGCUCUUCAUUCACCUCCAAAUUCCCUUCUCCUUUUCCUUUUCCAUUUCCAUUUCCCUCUUCUCUCUCUCUCUAUUUGCUUGUUCACACACUGAAACACUUUAGUGUGGGAGAAAAUGGCUGUAACUAUGAUGCUAUGCAUUACUACUACUCUUCUCUGUUUUCUCACCGCCGUCAAUGCAAAAAUCCCCGGCGUUUACACCGGCGGCCCCUGGCAAGGCGCCCAUGCCACCUUCUACGGUGGCUCCGACGCCUCUGGCACUAUGGGUGGAGCUUGUGGAUAUGGGAAUCUGUACAGCCAAGGGUACGGAGUGAACAAUGCAGCACUAAGCACAGUCCUAUUCAACAAUGGACUAAGCUGUGGAGCUUGCUUUGAAAUUAAGUGUGUUGACUAUGGAAAAUGGUGCCUUCCCGGUAACCCGUCCAUUUUCGUCACUGCUACAAACUUUUGCCCACCAAAUUUCGCUUUGCCAAACGACGACGGUGGGUGGUGCAACCCACCUCGUCCUCAUUUUGACUUAGCUAUGCCUAUGUUUCUCAAAAUUGGUCAGUACCGUGCCGGAAUUGUCCCCGUCAGUUACCGCCGAGUACCAUGCAGAAAAGUAGGAGGGAUCCGAUUCACAAUAAACGGGUUCCGCUACUUCAAUUUGCUAUUGGUGACAAACGUGGCGGGUGCAGGGGACAUCCAGAAGGUUCUCAUUAAGGGUACAAACACACAGUGGAUAGCAAUGAGCCGAAACUGGGGGCAAAAUUGGCAAACCAAUGCUGUUCUUGUGGGCCAGGCUUUGUCCAUUAGGGUUAAAGCCAGUGACCAUCGCAGUGUCACCUCUAACAACGUGGCACCCCCUAAUUGGCAGUUCGGACAAACCUUUGAGGGGAAGAAUUUCCGGGUCUAGAUCCAAAAUUUAGUAUCACUAACCCGACCACAAAAUUUUAAGGAAAAAAAAAAUCCUACGUAUGAUUUUUCCUAGGCUUCAGUGUUUCUCUUUUUUACUGGGAAAUUUUGAAGUCCGAGGGGGAAGUAGUAUCUUCUUUUUUUACCUUCUUUGUCAACUUUAUGGGGAAUUGGUUUUUCUUUUUCUACUUUGGUGUCCUUUUUUUGUUUUUUACUUUUUGUUAUGAAGUGGUGUGAUGGUAAAAGUGAAAAAGAUAAUGGAGGCUGAAGCGGCUGCAAAAGCACCCAAAAGAAUAGGGUAAGCCCGCAGCUCAUAGUGAUGUGUAAUGGAACAUCAUAUGUUUCCUAUGAAUACGAAGAUAAUAUACUUUCUAUUUUAUAUA